CGGUCGUGUGGGGCUAAGGAGGACGUGGGGACAACUUCGCAGAACCCUGGGAGCCGGCGCCUGCUGGGGCGAAGAAGGAGCCGGGAUGGCCUGGGCUCUGAAGCUGCCGUUAGCUGACGAAGUGAUCGAGUCGGGGCUGGUGCAAGACUUUGAUGCUAGCCUGUCGGGCAUUGGCCAGGAACUGGGUGCUGGUGCUUAUAGUAUGAGUGAUGUCCUUGCAUUGCCCAUUUUUAAGCAAGAAGAGUCAAGUUUGCCUCCUGAUAGUGAAAAUGAGAUCCUGCCUUUUCAGUACGUGCUCUGUGCUGCUACCUCUCCAGCCGUGAAGCUCCACGAUGAGACCCUGACGUACCUCAAUCAAGGACAGUCUUAUGAAAUCCGAAUGCUAGACAACAGAAAACUGGGAGAGCUUCCAGAAAUCAAUGGCAAGCUGGUGAAGAGUAUAUUCCGUGUCGUGUUCCACGACAGGAGGCUGCAGUACACUGAACACCAGCAGCUGGAGGGCUGGAGGUGGAACCGGCCUGGAGACAGGAUUCUUGACAUAGGUGAGUCAAGAGAAGCCGGCACCCAGAAAGCACCUUGCCUGUGAGUCCACAGCUGGUUCCCUAAUUGGUGUCC